GGCUAAGAGGCCGACAAACUUGAAGAUGUAUCGGGUAGAGUUCCCGAUUGAGAUGACAUCAGUGAUGUGGACUCGGUUUGUCCCUGGAUCGUCGUUCAGUGUUGUUCCCGGUGCCCUUACCCGACUCGGCGGUGGAGCUCCUACGGUCGGUCCUGGUUACAUGCAGUGGCUCUACCGAUUUUCGCAUCCUCGUAUUUCUCCGGUUGGGUCUUCAACUGGGGACAGACUUCCAGAGAGGACUAACACGGACUACUGGAUGGGUCGUUCCUUGGAGAUUCACCGUAGUGCACUGGCGGAGUAUCCCAGCAUGUCGCCUGACACGAGGGGGAUGACUGAGCAGCUGAUUUUGGACUGGCAGGCGAGGAUGGGGCUGUGAUCCACUUCUGUUUUUGUUUACCAUUAGCUAGUCCAUCUGAAACUUUGUUUUGUAAAUAAAAAUAAUGUAAUUGCGAGUUUUGUUUCAACUUUGUAUCAUUAAUUUGAUUGAUUUCCUUA